AUGGCCCUCUCUCCUGAGCAGACCCGACACAUUUAUCAAUCAGACGUAGAGCAACCACCAAUAUACGAGAUUUCGCGACUCAAACCCGAGAUCCAACCAUUCGCCGGAAGAAUCGGCGGUAACCAGGAAAUAGUCGUCGAUCGCAGCGAUCCCCAAAAUGCAGCUUUGCUCAAGAAAUUUCCCGAUGUGGCUCCUCUUAUGUCGUUCCGCGAAGGAACUGACUUGAGUGGCUUUUGGGAUCUGGAUUUGUGGCGAUUCGGUUUCAUUGAGAUGAUGGGUACCAUGCUACUGGUCUUUGUGACGGCCUCAAUCUCUGUGCGUCCAACUGUGUCUUCUAAUACCGUGCCAUCUUCGGCAUCAGGUGUUUUCUCUACGACGGCUUUCCUCGGUCCUUUGUUGGGGUCACCUCAACCCGGCCAUUUCAAUUGCAACUUUCUUGGCGCGUCUUAUUUCAUUCCCACGAAUGGUCAUUUAUGUGCUCUGCCAGACACUCGACGGGGCCAUAGCGGGUUUUUUCUCCGUAAGGCGUACGGAGCUAAAGACUUUACCCGUGGAGGCUGCGUAGUCGAUCAAUCAAUGGUCCCUAUGGAUGAAGCGUUUCUUUUGGAAUUCAUGUUCAGCUUGAUUCUCAUCUUCCUGUCCUUUGGAGUAGGGCUAGACCCCCGUCAAGGGAAAAUUUAUGGGCCUGCGUUGUCGCCUUUUUUGGUCGGAAUGGUGCUUGGAACGUUGAGCUUGGGCUCCGCGUUCGUGCGAAGCGGGUUUGCUGGUGCUUGUGAGUUAUAUACCAAGGACAUUUCGAAAGAAAAAAGAUCGCUAUGCAAUUGUCUCACACUCCCUUCGGCAGCUAUGAAUCCUGCUCGGUGUUUCGGUGUCUUUGUGGCCACGUCGUUUCCGACUUAUCACUGGAUACAUUGGGUCGGACCAAUUGUUGCAUCCGUGGCGCACGGAAUCGUCUACUAUGUGGCACCUCCUUGGGGGCAUUGA